UUGUCUUGCUGAGUCACGCGCGCACACACAGUCCGACAAUUCCCGGCGGCGCGCUGCAAAGGGGCUCUCCCCGCUUGGGAAUCGGGGCACGUGGUGUUGAUGAACCACCCUGCAGGGAGCUGGGAAUGCCGCGCUGCGCGGGGGCUGCGAACGAUCUGUCUGCAGACGCGCCGAGGCUGGGGCCCGGCUCCCAGGUGCUGGGGAGGGAGUAGGGAGGAGUCAUCCCUGCGCACGUGAGCCGUCCGGAUGCAGCUAUAGUAAAUGUCUUCCCUGCCAGACUUGGAGCUCUUCACCAUGGGGAUGUGGUCUAUCGGCCUUGGGGCUGUUGGCGUUGCCGUGACAGGGAUUCUUCUUGCUAACACCGACUUGUUUCUCUCCAAACCGGAGGCAGCCUCGUUGGAGUUUUUAGAGACGACUGAGCUAAAAUCUCUGGGAGAAGCAGAAGAAAGAACAUUCAAGGCAGGUGAGCUAUGGAAGAAGAAUGGUGCAGUGAUCAUGGCUGUGCGGAGACCUGGAUGCUUUUUGUGCAGAGAGGAGGCUUCUGAACUUUCCUCUCUCAAACCUCAGCUUGACCAACUUGGCGUCCCCCUCUAUGCUGUUGUGAAAGAAAAGAUUGGGACCGAAGUGGAGGAUUUUCAGCGUUAUUUCAAAGGGGAAAUAUUUCUGGAUGAAAAGAAAAAGUUCUAUGGUCCUCACAAGCGAAAAAUGCUGUCAAUGGGUCUUAUCCGCUUAGGAGUUUGGCAGAACUUCCUUCGCGCUUGGAAGAAUGGAUACAGUGGUAACCUGAAAGGAGAAGGGUUCAUCCUGGGAGGAGUUUAUGUGAUUGGUGCUGGGAAGCAGGGUGUUCUCUUGGAGCAUCGAGAGAGAGAAUUUGGAGACAAAGUGAGCCUUCAGUCUGUCCUUGAAGCUGCUGAGAAGAUAAAACCACAAGCUGCAGACACUGACUAAUAGUUAUACGUGUUCAGUCUUGGCUUGAAAAUGUAGAACAUGUCUGUAUAAUUGUAUAACAUGCAGUGUAAUUGCUUUCUUAGACUAUUCAGUAAUAGCUCAGCUGGAGGAUUCUCUCUGAAAUUUAGUCAACAAAUGAACAACCUCUUUGAUGGUAGAUGACUUGUUUGUGCUUUGUAGUCCCUCAGGCACCCACAGUUUCUACUAGUUUUUUGUCUCUUACCACAUUAAUGAAAGGCUGGGCCCAAAAUCUUAAGGCGUAACCUAGAUGGGUCCAGUUAGAGCCAGAAAAAUAAGAGAAUAUCUGGGUGCCUGGGGAGUAGGACAUUGCUAAGGCAGGAGUAAGUGAGGUUGAAAGAUAAUAAAUUAUGUAAAUGAAA